CACACGGAGAGCUCGGCUUGGCUGGAGGCUACCGGAGAGUCCUGGUCAUCAGCGAUCAUUGAUCCAACGGACCUGUCAAAGGCCGGACGAUGUCCUUGGUGUAACGUCGAUGUGUCUUCGCGCUACAUCCUCCGAAUUUGGACUGCUGGCUGGCUAGUUACCUGGCGAACGCUGAACCCGACCUAAGCUGACUCCGGCUUUUCGCGGGAGAACGUGCGCGAAUCAGUGAGAGAGACGUUGGUGAAGCAGUGAACGCUACGGGUAGACGAAUCGCGAGAUGAGCGGCUAGCCGCUCUGGACUUCUUCGGCCCGAGGAGGCACCGAGAAACAUCCCUGCGACCACGAGAGCAGUGUUAGUCGGCGUGCAACGUGCCCGACCGUCAUCCGAGAAUGACAGUACUAAGGAUGACCUCGCCGGUGACGCCUGCAUCGACCAGUCCCGACUCGUCAGACGAGACUCAGGCACUGCAGGCGAGCGCCAGGCCGGCUCAUCGAUUGAGCUUCUCCGUGGCGGCCCUCCUGGCGGAUACGAGGAAGCCGUCGGAGCCUUCAACGAGGCAGGACAGCCUGUUAACAUCGCCCAAGUCCUCACCGGUCGUCCCGUACUCGCCGCUUCGACAUGAGCCGCGCAUCACCACCGUCAACUCGUCGUCGCUCAUGCCAAAGCAUCCCUAUGAGUUCAAGAUGUCCCGGUGCAUCUUCUCGUCCUCACCCGGCCCCAAUCACGAGGCCAGGCUGACGCACUGCGUGUCUCCUCCCGGUGCCUCGGACUCCAGGACGUCACCGAGGUACCCCGAGGCCAUCGACUUGGCCGGCAAUGUUGAGACAUCCAGGCGACCCACCGAAGGAAGUGUGGAUUAUCGCGUGCGUCUCAGCACCACCGACACCAGGACCACCCCGGAGUCCUUGGUGGGCUGCUCCUCAUCUCCGAAGAUCAGCCAGCAGGACACCGGCUCGCAAUCGCCCCGGAGCAGCUCCCACGGCGAGGCCCGCUCGAGAUGCUCCGAGACGGACGACGUCGAGGAGGACGACGAGAGCAGCCUCGUGGACGUGGAGGAUCUCCAGAACCAUGCGUCCAGCCCGACUCCUGUCAGGCCGACGCCAGCCUACCUCGGCGGCUUCUCCACCCUCGGAGGCAUCCCCGGUAUCCCGCCCAGCCUGCACCCCGCGGUCUGGGGCGGCGGCCACCAGAAUGCAGCUGCAGCCGCCGCAGCGGCCGCCGCCGCUGCCGCGACGGCCACAUUUUUCCCGUCGCACUUCUCUCAUCAUGCUCCUCUCAAUGAGAACGGCGAGCCGGCCAAGAUCAAGUGCAACCUGAGGAAGCACAAGCCCAACCGAAAGCCCAGGACGCCCUUCACGACCAAUCAGUUGCUGGCCCUUGAGAAGAAGUUCCGGGAGCGACAGUACUUGAGCGUCGCCGAGAGGGCGGAGUUCUCGUCGUCGUUGAGCCUCACGGAGACGCAGGUGAAGAUCUGGUUUCAGAACCGGCGCGCCAAGGCGAAGCGCUUGCAAGAGGCGGAAAUCGAGAAGCUGAGAAUGUCGGCCGUCAGGCAGCAUCACACCGCGCUCUACGGCUCGCAUCCGAGCAUCCUCACGCCGGCCGGCCUUUAUCCCGUAGGAAUGCUCUCUCACCCCGGCCUGACGGCUCACCACCCGAUUGCCCAGCACCCCGCGAGAGAAUGAGAGCAGCGGCACGCGAUGGCCGAACACCCGGAGCGGCCUGUCGUCGAGUCGUAACACGAGAAAUCAGUCGCGAGCUGUGGAAAAACGGGACAUCGUGCCGUCGCAACGCGACGGGUAAAGGCCCGGCCACACGGAAGAACUCGUGCAAGAAGGCGUGAGCGGCAAACAAAUUGAGCAAUCGCAGUUGGAUUUUCGGCCGGAUAAGAAGAGUAAUCAAGUGUUGACCAGUGAGUUUCCUCACUGCCUAUUACCCGUAUUCAUAGUCCUUCCUUGAGAAAUAAGGAUUCCUUAUUCCUCAUUUUACAUUUCAUAAAACUUCCUUGAUCAAACAAGAAGCCUUACUGGCAUCUCAAAGAAAGUCACGAGCUUCCUUGAGACGGAAAUUACCUUAGAUCUGUUCGUUUUCGCUGCACUUCUAAACUAGUGCACAAAAGUGCAAUAAGUUUGUAGCACAUAAUGCGCAGAAUAAACCAAACAUAACCUGCAACAUUUUUGUCCCAUUACAAUUUAUUUGUGAUGUCGCGCUUUCAGACUGAAAGUGUAUAAAGAAAAGAAAGGACAAUGGACAACGAAUUUUUAAAUGAUCCUGACAAAGGAUUUUUUUUUCGAUAACCUUCUCAGCGAUAAGCUGCGCCAAGAGCAUUCGCUCUUGCUCCGUAUAAUGUACGCUUUUAUUAUCUUUAUCCAUAUUACAAUAUGCACUGCUAAACUGAUGUUAAGUUAUAGCUGCGAUCCGAUAUCCACUGCUAGUACUAAAAAUCUACAGCUCGUGUCACGUAUAUUAUAAAGUUUCAAUAUUAACAAUAUCGGAAUGUAGCCCUCUUUCCUUCUUUCCUUCCUUCCUUCCUUCCUUCUGGAAGGAAGACUCGAGAUCUAUUUAUGAAAUAAGGUGGCCUUGGAGAUUCAAGGAAUCCUUUAUCGAAGCUUCCUCCAUUCUUAAGAUAAGGAAGGACUAUGAAUACGGAUAUGUGUCUUACCGCUCGAGUUUUUCUGCGUGUCCGGGCCUUAUAAUUCGGGGGAUGAAUCCGCAGCGGUCAUUGGUCGACGAGGGCUUCGAUCGCGCAUCUCAAGGUGACGCUCUCACAGACGAGAUCGCGUUUGCGCCCUCCGAUAUUAGGAAGCGAGAGUUUCCUCGAGCCCGACGGCGACUGUCCGCAGGAGGAGCGUGUGGGUUGUUGUAAAUAGACUGUAAAUAUCACUGACUCGCCGUUUCAAUCGCUUUUGUAUAUAAACGCCUAGUGGACUACCGCAAAAAUGGCGCCGAGUUUGCGCAGUAAUGCGCGAAAAAGCAGUGAAUCUCUAUUACGCAUAUUUAGAGAGAGAGAGAGAGAGAGAGAGAGAGAGAGAGUCCGAAGAAAGUCCGUUUUCCAAUUUUGUAUAAAUGUAAAGAGUGAUCGUACGGCACACGAUUA